AUGUCCCUAGCAUACUUUUUACUCAACAAGCUUGAGCUCAACUCGAAUUUCUAUUCUUGUCCAGAGAACUGGACACUAUCAGAGGCAGACAGGGUAAAAAGACCGUAUUUGGGAGUGUAUUUUAUGACAAGUGGAUCUAUUUAUGUCACCCUUUAUCUUCUAUGCUUUUCCGCAAUGCUUAACAGAGACCUUAUCCGUUUCCCUGCAUUUAAAAUCAUGAUUAGUUUGGCACUCUGUGAUAUUCCAUCGGUUUUUGUGAAUUCAUUGGCGACCGGGUAUUUUGGCUGGAAUGGAAUCUAUUUCUGUGACUAUCCACGUCUUAUAUUCUUCCUCGGCGCAAAUGGUUUCGGGUUAUGGCUCGGGUGCUCCUUGGCAUGCAUCACUCUUGCAGUCUGUCGGAUAAGUGAGCUUAAUCCUGAUUUAAACAUUCGUUGGGUGUUUAGACCACCCUUUAUCUAUUUUUUAAUGUUAUUAUUCUUCCUGGCACCGUUCUAUGGUGUAUUUCUCACUAAACCAGUGAUAUUCCGUCCUGAAUUCAUGUCUUGGUUUUUCGACCCGGGGACUGGUACUAGCCUGUCGGACCCAUCCGCCUACUAUAAUAUCAACCAACCUGUAAAUAACGCGAUCCUUACUAUUAUCACUUUGUCACUUUAUACUUACCUAGUAUCUUAUCUCAUCCGCAAAGGUACUCAUUUGGAAUCGGUUCAAUUUUUAAGAACCCAACGUCAAGUUAUCCUUCAAGCGGCUAUUAUUUGUUUCUUCCAUUCUAUCACAUCAUUUGUUUAUGUCUACAUGCAAUUCUUCUAUUCUCCAGAGUGGUUUAUUGUGGCGGCGCAGAUUGGGUGGCAAAUUUGUACAGGAUCCAUAAGCGUUAUCUACUUGACUCUCAACCCUACCAUCCGUUCAUCAGUCCGAAAAAUGGUGUGCCCGGCACGAUUUCAGCAGGAUAACCGAGUUUCAAGCUUUGAAUUAUAA